UCUCGGUCUCGGGCAAGUGGGGAUCGGGUAUAAAUACUUUAACCAUAACCUUACAGCCACACAGAAGAGCUCUCAAACCGAAACAUGAAGGGUUUAUUGAUAUUGUCGGCUGUAGUCGUCUGUACUCUUGCACGCCCGGACAUCGGACUUAAACUUAGGGAACAAGCUUACCAAUAUCAACCACCAGCAACCAGCUAUGGGGUACCAACAGGAAGUUAUUUACCACCGAACGUAAUAAAUGGAGUUCCAUCGCAGUCGGACAAUUCGUACACAGGAAGCGUGUCCGGUAAUGCUGGCUCUACUGCAAAUGGAGGAUAUUCGGAUAACAGUGGAUACGUUUCCGGAAACACGGAAUAUGUCUCUGAAAAUUCUGGUAAUACUGGAUUUACAUCGGGAAAUUCCGGAUUUACAUCCGGAAAUACUGGAUUUACAUCAGGCAAUGAAGGAUAUGCCCCAGGAACUGGUGGAUUUACUUCAGGAGAUGGUGGAUAUAUCUCGGGAAAUGCUGGAUUUAUAGGAAACACUGGUGGUGUCACAAGUGGUAACGGAGAAUACUCUUCAGGAAAUGUGUACACCAGCAGCGGUGCAGUGGAUAACCAAAACUUUGGAUCCGUUUCAAGCUCGCUCCCAGGUCCGGCUCAUGUACACAAACACGUAUACUUCUUCGAUUCUCCCGAGGAUAACGAAGCCCCGCAAUUACGCGUGAAAGUACAGCCAGCCGCUGGUCACAAAAACUACAAGAUCAUUUUCAUCAAGGCCCCGAGUUACAAGGCUCCGAAGAUCACCCAUAUCCCAGCCAUCCAGCAGAACGAAGAAAAGACUCUUGUCUACGUUUUGGUGAAGAAACCGGAGGAGACACAAGACAUCGUAAUUCCAUCAUCGAUUGCAAGCAAGCCAAGUAAGCCUGAAGUAUACUUCAUUAAGUAUAAGUCGCAGAAGGAAGCCGAAGAAAAGAUCCAGAGCAUCCAGAAUGGAGGAAGCUCCGGCAUAUCAGCACAAAAUGUUGGAUCUGGUACCGAUUUUAUCAACACCCUCAAGGAACAACCAGUGAAUAUCGGUGUUGAUACGUCCGUCAGCAGUGUAAGCACAGUGGAAACCAACGAACCUUCUUUCUUAACCGAAGAUCAAGGCAAUGUACAAACCGUCCAAACUAGUGGACACGCUCAGUACGGACCACCAGGCGUCAGCGGUCCAUACUAAUUCUUCCAAAUCUGUAAAUAUUGUUUUAAUUAUUUUUAAGUGAUUUAACCCAGUGAUACUGCCAUAAGCAUACAAGACAUCAGCUGCGUUCUAAUAUUUCUUUAAAAGAAAAUGAGCCGCGUGACACCAACUCAU